AUGAAAGCUAUAUGUACUUCUUGUGGUGAAUCAAUUCCAUCUUCGUCGAAUAUUUACAAAUGUCGUCAAUGCGUUAAUCAUUUUGUUUGUGAAUCUUGUCAGACAAAGGAGCAUAAUCGAACAAGUGCUAAUUCUCAUACACUUAAUAAAAUAGUCUCAUCACAAGUUCAAUCAGUAACUAGUACCGCUGGUAGUACAUCACCAAAACUUGCUACUGAUGAACAAGAAAAUCAAAGCAAAAAAUCUUUAAAGUCAUCAUCAAUAUUUAGUAGUGAAGAUUAUCUCUAUCAUUCACUAGGUUGUUGUUCUCACUGUUAUCGUAUAGUCAUCAUGGACAAAGAACCCAGUUUUCAAUGCCAACAAUGCCCAGCAGGUUUUGGUGUCUGUGCUCAAUGUAUGCCACUAAUGAAGAUACUUCAUCCUUCACCACAUACGUUUUCGCAGGAGCCUCUCAGCUAUUGGACUAAGCAAAUACAUGAUUUUUACCAUUUAGAUGUUAAAUGUAAUGGUUGUUCAAUGGAACACUUCAAUGGAAACCGUUAUCAAUGUUCACAAUGUCAAUCGAGUUUUAAUCUUUGUGAAAAUUGCUUUAAAACGAAACAUGCAGAACAUAAAAUGAAAUAUAUACAAAAUCCUUUUUCCAUUUCUAUCAAUCGACUGUCAUUAGCUCGAAGAAUUUUGGGAUUGACCAAAAAAAAUGGCGAACGCAACCCUGAUUGGCGUGAUCCAUUGACAGGUUGGACGAAAUCUGACGCUGAAUUAGUUGACCAGCAGGCGAAAAAAGAGCAGGAGAAUUAUUACAAUCGGUUGCAACAAAUAGAAAAAAAGAUAGAAGAACGUGCCGAAGAAGAACGUCGACGUACACGCGAAGAAAAUGCUCAUUUCCAACGACGUUUACAAGAUAUGGAAGAUGACAGUCAUCGUCGGUUUAUGUGGCAGUUAACGCUUAAUUGA